AUAACAUCAACUUCCUCUAAUAAUAAUAGCUAAGAAAUCUAGUACGGUAUAUUUUACAAAAUUGCUAGUGUGCAGACUCUGCAAAGAAAAAAUUCUUGGGUUUUUUCAAUAAGAUUAACAAAUUCUAAAUAACGGAUUUAUGUUCAAUUUGAUGGUCUAUUGACCUUUAGACCGGAUCUUCCGUAACACGUUGCCCAAUCCAAUCCUUCCUCAACCUCAACUCCUCAACAACCUAAAUAUCAAUCAAGCGUUUUCUCUGGUAUUUUCUUGGUGCAAGUUAUCAGCCAGUCAUUGUAUGAGUCAGAAGACUGAAAAGCCGGUGUUAUCAGGCCAACGUAUUAAGACCAGAAAAAGAGAUGAGAAAGAAAAGUACGACCCAGCAGGCUUUCGAGACUCUAUUCUGCAGGGUCUGGAUAAGGCGGGAACUGACCUAGAGGCUGUUUACAAGUUCCUUGAUGCAGCUGGUUCCAAGCUAGACUAUCGGCGGUAUGGUGAAACUCUCUUUGAUAUUCUCAUAGCCGGUGGGCUUCUAGUUCCAGGUGGAUCAAUCGCCCAAGAUGGCGACAAGAUUUGUAAAACAAAUGCUUGUGUCUUCGAAACUCCAGAGGAUAUUGCUUCUUUACGAAACUUCGAACAGGUUUUUGUUAAGUUGAUGAGGAGAUACAAAUACUUGGAGAAAAUGUUUGAAGAAGAAAUGAAAAAGGUACUGGUUUUCAUCAAGGGGUUCAACGAAAUGGAACGAAUAAAGCUGGCCAGAAUAACAGCACUCUGGAUUUGUAACGGGACAGUUCCUCCGCAAGUUCUUCAUGUACUCAUCAAUGAACAUUUGGUAAAAGACAAUUUGGCGCUUGACUUUCUCAUGGAAGUAUUUGUCACAUGGAAAAACGAAAAAGGCUUGCCAACCCUGAUGACCGCUUUGAAAAGAGGAGGUCUAGAAGGAAGGCUUUUGGAAUUCGUACCUCCGAAUAAAAGGACUGAAGAAUAUUUCCGAAAUGCAUUUGAAGAAAAAGGCUUAUCUGAAGUAGUUAAACUACAUAAAGCACAGGCUUCACAAGAAGCGAAACGCGACCUGCAGAGUCAGCUGGAGGAGGAGCUGCAGGACGGCAAGGCCAUGAAGGACAUUGUGUCGGAUCUGCGCGACUUUGCCGGCAAGAACGCCAUCGGCGACCAGGAGGUGAUAACAAUAGUGUGGACGACGGUGAUGUCGCUGGCGGAGUGGAACAAGAAGGAGGAGCUGGUGGCUGAGCAGGCUCUCAAGCACCUGCAGAAGUACACGCCGCUCUUCGAGGCAUUCACCUCAGCCGCGCGCUCCCAGAUGGCCCUCAUGCUCAAAAUACAGGAGUACUGUUACGAGAACAUGAACUUUAUGAAGAUCUUCCACAAAAUUAUACUGCUUUUUUACAAAACUGAAGUGAUUUCCGAAGAGGUGAUAUUAAAAUGGUACAAAGAUGGGCACUCGGUUAAGGGAAAAAUGAUGUUUCUUGAACAAAUGAAGAAGUUUAUUGAAUGGCUGCAAAGCGCUGAAGAAGAAUCCGAAUCUGGGGAAGAAGAAGAUUGAAAAAAAAUAUAUUAAUGAUAUUAUUAAGAAUGAAAUACUUCUACAACACGAUGUGUCGAUAAUGAGGCAUGAAGCAACCGAGGCAUGAGAACUAAUAACUGGAAAAAUCUGUGUAAAUCUUCUACUAGACUUUCAGGAGUGAAUGAUAAACUAUGAAAAUAAUCAUUUUGGCGACAGAUUUAGUGUUAGAGAAUAUUUGUCAAGAAAGGAAAAUCAGCAUAGAAGUUCAACCAGCAUAGUUCAAGGAUACGAAAAUUAGAGUUUGCACUUUCAUAAUGACAAGUGAAGAAAAUUGAUUGACACUUUAUGUGGACUCGACUAGUGUCAAUUGUAGUACAUCAUCAGACAAGUAAUCUUAAUUAAUAUAAUAUAUUUUGAUAGAAAUAAUAACUACUCGAACUGAAAUAUUAUAAAUGGUGACUUUAUGUAGUCUAGCAUUUAAACACAAUGUCAUAUCAGCUUCGAAGCUGAUUUUGACUAUUAAAUUUACAUAGAACUGAUGUUGCUAAAUGAUCACUUGGCAAAUACCAUAAUUUACAUUUUGAAAAAGUACCUUCAUCUCUAAAAAUAUAGGUGCCUUAUACUUGAGAGUGUGAAUGGUUUGUGUAUAUUUAUGUGUAACUGCAAUUAUUAUUGAUUAGGCCUAUACGAGAUAAUUAAAUUUGAAUAGCGUUUUGAAAUGGUAAAUAGAGUAAUAGAAAUGGUUAGAAUUGAAUUGAUAUUAUUUGUCUUCUUAUAGUCCAAUUGAAAUAAAUUGGUAUCUUAUAGUUCUGAUUAGUACAAUUUCAGAAAUACAGCUUAAUACAAGCUCACAGUAAUUUGUAUAUUUUACUAAACUAAAGCUUUAAUAAUAUUAAUAUUAUUGUAAGUAUGAUUCAAAUUGUAUUGAAAAUACUUGGAAUGUAUUCUAAAUGUAAAUUUCAACCAUAUUUGAUGAGUUUGAAGAGUCCCAAAUCCUUUACCAGUAAGAGCAUUGAAAUAAUUUCAAUAUGAUAAAUUUAUCAGUUCAAUUCUCAGUGUUGGAGAGUUAUAAGUCCUGAAAGAACAAAAAAAUGGAUGUAAGUGUUAUUUUAAGAGCAAAUAUCUCGAAAAUUGUUUUAAGAUAUCGCAAAACUCUAAUGGAAAGUUGACAAAACUUGCAUGAUAUUUAUCAAGUUUAAUUUUUGUAGAGUUAGUUAUGUCAGAGAAGCCAGUUAUGUCACCCUCAUGCCUUUAGCACAAUGAGUAGGGAUGGGCAGAUGGGCACUUUUGACAUGUUUAAUUCCUAGCUAGUCCCAACAAAGCUGCAAAGUUGAAAAUUGUGUUCCAAACAAUCCCUCCUAAGUCAAUAUUGAUCUAUUGUUGCAAAACUGAAGAUUUCACACUAAUCACUACAGCUGCUGCAAACAGUCGUAGGGGAAUGCGUAAAAUUAAUUUAUACAUUGAUAGAUAUUUUUCAAAAUAGUGAAAUUAUACUUGAAGAGAUUUUAUAAUGCUCUAUAAACUCAUAAUCAGCAUGGAUUUUUUCAUCUAUCGUUAGGAAGUUAUUAGGCCAAAAGAGCCAAAAAAUUGGAAACUUGUUUUUUCAAAAAUGUCACACCUUAAUGAGCAGAUAUGUCAAAAAAAAUUAUGGAAGAUAUGAAUAAAGUGUUAGAUGAAUGUUGUAGGCUUAAAUUUUGUAUAGAAUAGGCUUGUCCGUGCUAAUGCAAAACUAAGAUGCUUAAUUAAUGCAAAAAUCAGGAAAUUGUACCAACCCCACCUAUUUAGCACAGGUGAUAGGGAUGGAAACAAUAGUAUGUUUAUCUCCUCACUACUCUAACAGAAUUUCGGGGUAAAAAUUGUCUUCCAAACGUUUCCCUCUAUAUCAUUUUUUGAGCAUUCAUUGCAUAAUAAUAACAAAUAAGCUAAGAUAUAGUACAAGAAAAUAGUACCGUCAAACCGGCUAACUUGGGACAGUUUAACACCUUUCCUCCAAUUCCAACUCACCAGCUGUCUGUGCAAUUCAUUCCGAGGCAUUGUGGUAUUGUGGAUUUGUUGGGAACACAUAAUUGAAAAUAUUUAUUAACGUUUUGAACAUUUGAUUAACAGCUAAGAUACUUUUUUACAGUCAAAACAAUUUACUAUCUCCAACCUAAAAAUUGAGCCUUAAAUAACUUCUAUUGUGAACACUCAAUUAUUUUAAUUUACAGUUAAAGUAUUUUUAUUGUGAAUAUGAAACAUAUUAUUCAAGUUUUAGUCUUCAACCACUCAAUUGUCUCAUUUCAGGCAAAUCAUAUUGGUGUCCCAAAAGUUACCCAACCUCUGCGGGUAAUAAUACACCAUAUUUUUUAAUUUUUUUUCAGAACAGGUUGGAAUAAUAAUGAAAUUGAAUGUAACUUAUAUAUUUGAAGUAUUAUCAAAGACCUACGUUUUGAGCACAGGAGAAAUAAAUUAUUAAAAUAAUAAUGGAACUGAAUUCCAAGUCAAAGUUGAAAAUUGUCCCAAGUUAGCCGGUUUGACGGUAUUAUUUUCUUCUAAAUGUUAAGAGAUUCUUCACAUCUUCCAAUAACAAGAUUGGAAAUUUAUUUGAAACUCAAUCGAAUACCUCACUCAAGUUUACUGUGAAUGAACAUGCAAUAAAUGUAUGUAGAGAAAUCUUUGAUGUUCUAUAGUGAGGUCCACGUUAUAAUGGCAGUGUUCGAUUAGCAAUGGUAUUGCUAUCCUUGUCUAACAUUCAACAAAGCGGAUAGCGCUAUCUCUUUCUCGCUUUGCUCUGUUGCCAGUUCGUCUUUCAACAAUAUAGAUUAAUAAUUAAUUAACAAAAUAAUUAAUCUUAAUUAUGUAAAUUCAUUAUUAAAUUAUUGAAAAAUAUAAUUGAUUAAGGUAAUUUAAACGAGAAUGAACAGUCAAUAUUACAUCAAUAAACCUGUAUCAGCAGCCAUCUAUAGAAGGCAUUGACGAAACAGAGGAUCGGUAACGUUGUUCUCCUAUCUUUCUCGACUGCCAUUAUAACGUGGACCUCACUAUAGAUGAUAAUUGAAUGUUUCAUGAGUUCUGAAUAAUGUAGGUAGGCCUACCGAGAUGAUGAUGAUGAUAAUAAUAAAUGUAUGGUGAAAUAAAAUUAUAUUGCUUAAUAUUACGAAAUCUACACUUCAUCUAUAAAUAAAAAACAUAAAUACACAAUGCUGCCAUUUUAAAAUCACUGGUCAGACAGGCAACAUUUGAAUUAUUGUUAUUGAUCGACUUAAUUAUUAUCAACUACUUAGGGAUGAAGGUACUUUCUUAAUAGUCUGUAAGUAACAGUUUUAUUGGAUUUAUAUAAAUAUUUUCAAUUAUCAGUAAAGGUGAUUCAAUCUUGGGCUGCUUAUACCAUAGAGAAACGUUAUAGCAUAAGUAGACAUCCCAUGGUAUAGGGCGUUUAUGUCGCAACUUUUACUGUUAUCCCAAGCCGAUAGUUCACGUAGUUCUCUCCCAUGCAGCUGUGAGACGCUGGUAGUCUCUCAAAUUGUGCCGUUCAUACACUCUCACCCCAACAAAACAGUAAAAAUUGACAAUAAUCAACAGUAAUCGGCUUGAGAUAACAGUAAAAGUUGCGACAUAGAUUCCCUAUACCAUGGGAUAUCUACUUACGCUAUUGUUUCUCUAUGCUUAUACUCAGAAGGCAACUGGUGAUAUACGAUAGUGCUGUAUUUAUAAAUAUAUAUCACCCCCCUAUGAACAACCCAAGGUACCUAAAAUGCAGCUAUUCUAGGUACAUUAGAACAACCCAUUCAACUUUGUAUUUUGUGAGGGAGGUUUGUGUGAAGAAUUUCAUUGCAUUGAUAUCACCAGGUUGCGCUCUGUAUGUAUGCAGCGUCAAAGUGAUUUCUUUUCACUUAUAUUUUUUCCUGUUUCAGAAAAGUGUAAUUUUUCAACUUUCUCUACCUCAAAAUUAUGAAAAUUAAAUCAAACUUAUUGAAAUGAAGUGAUUAUUGAUGAUUUUAUAUAAAAAACUAAAUACAAUAAAAAAAAUAAUUUAAAAUGCAACAGUCUUCAAUUACUAAAAUUUGAAAUACUUUUUGUAUGGAAGUAAGUCAUAAUAGAUUCAAAAUCCAUCAGACAGGAACUUGUGUGUGAGUUUAGCCUAUUAUUUUGUCAUUCCAUCAUGUUUAUUUUUUAUUAAACUGAAUUGAACACUAUAAUGGGAAAAGUAUGAUUGAUUCAUUCAGAGGAAAGUCAUAAAAUGAGUUUUUAUAGUAUUACAUGCAAGGUUGAACAAAAUUUCUUUAAAAUUCUUUGAAAUUACAGCCUUGCUCCGUUGUUUUAUGUCAUUGGAACAGGAACCUUUGUGAAUGCUUUCCAAAUUCAAGGAAAGUAAUUGAUCACUGAAUCGAGAUUUCAUCUAAGUUAAUUAUAAUUGCUUUGGAACUCUGUUUUAAUCACCCAAGACUCACCAACUACUGAUUUUUGUAAUAUAAUAAUUCUUCCCUUUAAUAUGGAAUAUAAAUUACUAUAAACUUUUGUAAAUGGAAAUAUUUGUUAAAGUGCUUGAUUAAACAUUGAUAGCAAA